CGCGAGAUAGGGUACCGGAAGUCUUCUUUCUUCAGCGUAUAAUAUUUUUGUUGGUAUAUUAUAGAACAUUUAACAAAAUGUGCGUGUAUGGUUUAUGACAGAACGUUAUUCUGUCUUUUCUAAUACUAUAUACAGUUUCUGCUUAACACAGAAUGUCUGACAGUGAGGAUAGCAAUUUGUCUGGAGCAGAAAGUGAGGAUGGUAACUUGAAUGAAAACAAAGGAAGUGAUGGUAGUGACGGGGAGGCCCAUGAUAAUGGUGGUGGUGGGAGUGACGCUGCCCCAGAUAGUGACGCAGGUCAUGACAGUGAUGCUGGUGGUAGCGAUGCUGCAAGGAGUGACGGAGGCCACAACAGCGAUGCUGAGAGCGUGAAGGGCAGUGGCAGUGAACAUAGAAGUGAACGCGGCAGCGAACACGGUAGUGAACGGGGUAGUGAUGUGGGGAGUGACUCUGAAGGAAGUGAUGUUGAAGAGGUGAAGAGAAAACGACGUCGACACCAGAAAUCAGAUGAAGAAGAUCCUGCUGAGAACUAUUUUGAUGAAGACGAAGAUGAUGAGGCUGAAAAGCGACGCAGAUUAAAACGAGCGCGAGUGAGCAAAUUCAUCAUUGAAGAAGCAGAUGUUGAUGAAGACGAUGAGGAUGAGGAUGAUGUGGAGUGGGAGGAAGGAGCAGAGGACAUCAUCGACCGCAAGUCGCAGUACGAGGGAAACAGUGUACGCGAGAUCGAGUCCCACCAGCGCCUCCGCCAGAUGUGGGAUUCUCAGCGUGAAGACGAGAUUGAAGAGUACUAUCGGAACAAAUACAGCGAGAAGUCGGUUGCCGAGAGAUACGGAGAGGGAGAAGAGAUGUCAGACGAGAUAACUCAGCAGGGCUUGUUGCCUGGCGUCAAAGAUCCUAACCUGUGGGUUGUGAAGUGUCGAAUUGGUGAGGAGAAACCCACAGUGAUACAUCUGAUGAGGAAGCUAAUCACGUAUCAGUUCACAGAUGAGCCGUUGCAAAUAAAAUGUGCGAUUGCCAAAGAGGGUUUGAAAGGCUACAUAUACAUUGAAGCAUACAAACAGACUCACGUCAAACAGGCCAUUGAUGGAAUUGGUAAUCUCAGAAUUGGAUGCUAUCAGCAGCAGAUGGUUCCAAUUAAAGAGAUGACGGAUGUGUUGAAAGUGAUAAAAGAAACAGCAAACCUAAAACCAAAGUCAUGGGUGCGUCUCAAGAGAGGAAUCUUCAAAGAUGAUCUUGCUCAGGUUGAUUACGUGGAACCUGCUCAGAAUGUCGUCCAUCUGAAACUGUUGCCUCGUGUGGACUACUCCAAGAUGAGAGGCGUUCUGAAGAACUCUGCCAAGGAGGAUGCUGACAAAAAGAAGCGAUUUCGAAAACCACCAACCAAGUUGUUUGAUGUUGAUGCUGUUAGAGCUAUUGGUGGUGAGGUAUCUACGGAUGGAGACUUCUUGAUAUUUGAGGGAAACCGAUACAGUCGAAAAGGGUUCCUCUUCAAGAGUUUCGCAAUGUCAGCAAUUGUUGCUGAAGGUGUAAAACCCACCCUCACAGAGUUGGAGCGGUUUGAGGAUCAGCCAGACAGUAUGGAUGUUGAACUUGUUCAGGAGAGUAAAUCUGCAGGUGAAAUAAGUCACAACUUUGCCCCAGGCGAUGUUGUUGAGGUGUGCGAGGGAGAGUUGAUCCAUCUCCAGGGCAAGAUCAUACGCUGCGACGGAAACAAGAUCACCAUCAUGCCAAAACACGAGGACCUCAAGGAUCCUCUUGAAUUCCCGUCUCACGAGUUGCGCAAGUACUUCAAGAUGGGUGACCACGUGAAGGUGUGCGGAGGUCGCUACGAGGGUGACACCGGCCUCAUUGUCAGGGUGGAGGACGCCAUGGUCGUUCUCUUCUCCGAUUUAACCAUGCACGAGCUCAAAGUGCUGCCUAAACAUCUGCAGCUAUGUACUGACAUGGCUACUGGUGUGGACUCACUUGGACAGUACCAGUUUGGUGACCUCGUUCAGCUUGAUCCACAAACUGUUGGGUGUAUUGUCCGGCUAGAGAAAGAAAACUUUCAAGUUCUAAACAUGCACAACAAGGUGAUGAGUCUGAAGCCUCAAGCCAUUAUGCGGAAACGUGACACAAAACAUGCCGUUGCCUUGGACUCGGAAAACAACAAUCUACAAGUUCGAGACAUCGUCAAGGUCAUUGAUGGCCCACACUCGGGUCGACAAGGUGAGAUUAAACAUCUCUACAGAAGUCAUGCAUUCCUCAUGUCCCGGCUGAUGACUGAAAACGGUGGUUACUUUGUAUGCCGAGCGCGUCACCUUGUUCUAGCUGGAGGAUCAAGACAAUCAACAACUACUGUUGUUAAUGGUUUCAUGUCGCCCCGUCUGUCAAGUCCAGCUCACCCAAGUGGAGGAGGUUCCACCCCGGGGGCAGGGCGAGGGCGUGGCGGAAUGGCAGGAGGCAAGAGAGACCGCGAUCUGAUUGGACAGACUGUGAGAAUCAUCCAAGGACCUUUUAAAGGUUAUAUUGGUAUUGUGAAGGACUCCACAGAAGCGACUGCGAGAGUGGAACUGCAUUCAAGCUGUAAAACAAUCUCUGUCGAUAGAACAAGGCUGGCCACACUUACAGGAGGAAGAACAGGUGGUUACAGCUCUUCAUAUGCCAAAACUCCGACGUACGGAGGCCAGACUCCGAUGCAUGGGUCAAGGACACCGAUGUAUGGUUCUCAGACCCCGCUGCAUGAUGGGAGCCGUACCCCGCAUUACGGCAGUCAGACGCCAUCGCACGAGCCGGGCAGUAGGACCCCAAGUGGAGGGGGGAGUGCCUGGGAUCCAGCCAAUCCAAACACCCCAGCCAGGCAAAAUGAGUAUGACUACACCUUCGACAGCACCCCAUCUCCCGCUGACUAUGCGUCGACACCGAACCCUAGUAGCAGUAAUUACCAAGCGGACACACCGAGCCCCAUGGGUCCUUACACCCCCCAGACACCAGGCAGUGGCUACUCCCCUUACCAUGCGUCACCCUCACCAUCUGGCUACCAAGCUCAGAGUCCAGGCUAUUCUGGUACACCCAGUCCAACACCGUUCCAGCAGAGUCCAUCACCGUCUGGUUUCGCUGGGACACCGUCGCCAAUUGGGUACAGCCCGAUGACACCUGGCGCUCCUUUUACCCCCCAGACACCAGGAGCAGCUAUGAGUGCAGAUCAUGGCUUGACAGACUGGCACACAACGGACAUUGAAGUUAGAAUCAAACAGUCGCAUGAAGAUCACAACCUUAUAUUCCACACUGGUGUUGUUAAAAGUAUUACGGGUGGGAUGUGCUCUGUGUUCCUACAUGAACAAGACAAAGUGGUCAAUGUUUCCUGUGAACAUCUCGAACCAGUCGAGCCAGAGAAAGGAAAUCGUGCCAAGGUUAUAUUGGGUGACGAUCGUGAGUUGACCGGAACUCUGUUGAGUAUCGAUACGCUAGAUGGAGUCUUCAAGGCGGAGGAUGGGGAAAUCAAAAUGCUGCCGAUCAAAUAUCUCUGUAAAAUGCCGGAACCGAAAUAGAAACACAUAAAACCUUGUUAUGUAUGCUUGUUAGAACAGAUCUUGUCACUGGAUGAAGACAGACAAGUGUUUUCUAUUGUCACAGGAUGAAGAUAGCCGAGUGUUAAUGCUGAUACAAAAUAAAAAGAUCUAAAACUAUGUUAUGUAUACUUGUUAGAACAACUCUUCACUGAAAGAUGAUGUAUGAGUGUUAAUGCUGUUGUAUGUUUAUGAGUUUUCUUCUCUGUCGUUACCAAAAUAAAACAGGAUAUAUAGAUAUUCCAGCCACUUGAUUUAAAAACGUUGAAGGAUUUGAAAUGUAUCGUAAAUGUUUGAUUGUACAGUGGAGAAUAGUUUGUAAUUGCAACAUGUCGUUAUUAUACACUGUGAAAACCUAAACAUGUUUAAAAAUAGAUACCAUACCAUUAGGUUAAUAUGUGAAUCUUUUUAUCCAGAGAAUAUUUGCAUACCUUAUAAGGUAAGAAUAUAUUCAUAUUGUAUCCACUAAACAGAAUUUUCUCUCUAAAUUUUAGGGUUACAACAGGUUCACUUACGUUUUACAGAUCUAUUUCUUAUUUGGAGUGUCAUCACAUGGCUUACUCACAACUUUUGUUACAGGUAUACCGAGAUGAAAAGUAAGUUAAACUUAUAUGAAAAUUCAACAAAUGGUUGAUUUGUGUAUGUUUUAAUUUUUUAAAUCAGACUGUAAAUAAAUAACUUGCGAGUCAUGUACAUGUACAAUGUUUGAAAGGUAAUAUGUAUUUUUUGAUACCAAUAUGUCCGUUCCAAACCAGUUACAUUAUUUUUCUCUAAAUUCAUUUUAGGUUCAUUUUUGUGCAGAUAUCCAAUCAGGGUUCAAGCAAGCUGUGCUGGGCACACUUCAUAUAUCUUGUCUGUGUGUCUAGGAUGGGUUUAUGGUUGAGAGAAAUUGGUAUAGUGGCCUUAUUCCUCUCCAUUAAUACCCACUUGGUUUAGGAGCCAUUAAUACCCACUUGGUUUAGGAGCCAUCAAUACCCACAUGGUUUAGGAGCCAUAAAUACCCACAUGGUUUAGGAGCCAUGAAUACCCACAUGGUUUAGGAGCCAUUGCAGGGAUACAAACCCGGCAUCUACAAAUCUUAGUCGAUAGCUUAGUAACUGAACCAUUAACUGGUUUCUUGCUCAACUUAAUACUAAUAAUAGGUUUUCAUAUUUCCCCAAAGUUUAGUUUUCUUGAUUAUUUAGGUAGAUAAAAAUUCUCUCUCCUUAGAACAAUAUUUAGGAGAGUCAUGAUGGUAACUCCCCUUAAAAGGAGAUGUAUGUUAUGUUAGCAAAAUGCAGUGCUACCACUCAGGAGUACCAUGGUGUAUGACAUAAUACAUCCAUGCACAAAAACUGAUAACUGUGGAAUGUGUAUGAUUAUUAGACUGAAUGACAGACAUGUUGAUACGACUGUAUCAAGCCCUAAUAAAUGCUCUCAUUUCUAAUGUUAAUAGCAUAUCAUUUGGCUUGUCAAAUAUGGCACCAAAAUUUAACUUUUCUUUUAUAACUUUAUAAGUAUAUUUCUGGUUAUGAUGUAUGACAAUUAGGUUUAUUUCUAUGUAGUCUUCUUGUGUUGCUGUUCUUGUAAUUGAUGUAGUGGUGGGUUGUUGUCUUGCUGUAAUUAUUAAAUGCUAGCUUUUCUUUCUCUUAACUAUAUGUAAUGAUCACUACACGUUAGUUUGUUUUGUUGUAGUGGCUGAAGAUAAUUAAAGUCAUUGGUUAUA